CCACUGCGAGUCGCGUGAUUGUUCCAUGGCUGUGCUCCAAAGUUUCCAUGCCUUCGAGAAGGAAGGAUUCCUGCCCCUGACAGCCACUUGCCAAUCAUACCACCGCGCCCCCGCACAUCAACCGUAGUGCCAACGUGCCGGACUUUUCCAGCUCAUCCCAAUGUCCAUGUGACUUGCUGGCGGUGUGAUGCAUCUUUGUUCAUCGUCGCGCUUUGUCCAAUCGUUUCUUUGUUGCUGCUGUAUUCUAAGCGACCUCUCUCAUGCCUUGACUGUGUCUCCAGCGCCGCAUUCGGCCCUUGGGCAUCAGCGUCCUUUCGUAGCUCAUCGGGCGCAUAUCCGCGCUGCACGUAGCCCCGCCUGCUCUGAGCCACGCUCGAAACAUUUGCAAUCGAUGACAUGCAUGUACCCAUCACCCCGUACGAAGGCGUCAUGCCUGCACCUAUUCUGUCGCUGUCUUUAUGUGUGCUUCUGCAUUAAGCUUCUGCAUUGAGCCUUUCUGGCUGUCUGCGGCUCCAGUCGUGCUGCAAU